UAUAUUAUAUCCCUGCUACUACACUGGCUAUUCUACAUCACAAUACUUCUGAUGUGCGCUGUUUUACAUUCUAGAAGACUGAAGACGACGCUUAACAACAUAGUUGUUAACUACAUAAAUAACAGAUAAAGUUUUCGAAAAAUUGUUUUUUUUUAAUAGUUUCAAUAAUGAAUGUGUUUGUUAAUAGUGAAGACGUGAAAUAUACAAAUGACUUUAUACAACCAAAGCCGAAAAAACUGGAAAUACUAUCGAGGUCACGCCAUUGUCCGAAAAAUUAGUUAUUAGAACAACAAAAAAAUUACCCAAAUUAGGUGUUAUGCUAGUAGGAUGGGGUGGAAAUAAUGGAUCCACUUUUACAGCGGCCAUUUUGGCCAAUAAACUCCAUUUAUCGUGGCCGACGAAGAAAGGAACACAAAAGGCCAAUUGGUAUGGUUCCCUGACCCAGGCAGCGACAGUCUCAUUGGGCAGCGGUGUUUAUAUCCCAUUCUCGAAUUUACUUCCAAUGGUCAAUCCAGAUGACAUCGUUAUCGAUGGUUGGGACAUCAGUUCCAUGAAUCUUGCAGACGCUAUGAAGAGAGCACAAGUUUUGGACGUAUCAUUGCAACAGCAGUUAAAGCCUCAUAUGCAAAAUAUGAAGCCAAGGCCCUCUAUUUAUUGUUCCGACUUCAUAGCUGCCAAUCAGAAAAAUAGAGUAGACAAUCUAAUAUCUGGCAAAAAGCAAGAUCAACUUGAAAAAAUCAAGUCAGACAUAGCCGAUUUCAAAAAAUCACAUAACCUCGAUCAAGUGAUUGUCCUUUGGACAGCAAACACAGAAUGUUUUAGCGCCGUCAUAGAGGGUGUUAACGACACAGCUGAAAACAUAAAGAAGGCCAUUUUCGCUAACCACAGUGAAAUAUCCCCCUCUUCGAUUUUUGCUUAUGCUUCGAUAUCCAUGGGUUGUACAUUCAUCAACGGAUCUCCGCAGAAUACAUUUGUACCAGGAAUAGUGGAUUUUGCCGAAAAAGAGGGGGUGUUUAUUACAGGAGAUGAUUUUAAAUCCGGACAGACCAAGGUUAAAAGCGUUUUGGUUGAUUUCCUGGUUGGUGCUGGUAUUAAGCCAGUUAGUAUUGUAAGCUAUAAUCACCUUGGAAAUAACGAUGGAAAAAAUCUGUCAGCGCAUGAACAGUUCAGAUCAAAAGAGAUCUCCAAAAGUAAUGUUGUCGAUGAUAUGAUAAAUUCGAAUAAUGUUCUAUACACUCCUGGGGAAAAACUUGACCAUGUUGUUGUGAUUAAAUAUGUACCUUAUGUUGGUGAUUCAAAACGAGCAAUGGAUGAAUACACCUCUGAAAUAUUGAUGGGUGGUUUAAAUACUAUCGUAAUGCAUAAUAUGUGCGAAGACUCCCUUCUAGCCACACCGCUUAUACUUGAUUUAGUCCUUCUCGCUGAACUGUUCUCCAGAGUUGAAAUUAAGAGAGAAGGUGCGUCUGAUGAAAAAUACACAAGACUUCAUCCCGUCCUGUCCAUUUUAAGUUACCUCUGUAAGGCUCCGUUGGUACCCAAAGGUACUCCUGUGAUUAAUGCUUUGAGCAAACAAAGAGCUUGUAUCGAGAAUGUUAUGAAGGCAUGUAUAGGUUUACCACCAGAAAACAAUAUGACACUCGAGCAUAAAGUACCAUGCUUGAUGACCGAUGAUGCAGUACAUGAUUCACCCAAAUUAAAGAAAUGUAAAAUGGAAAAUGGAGAGUACUAAUAACGUGGUAAUUAAUGGAUUGAUAUUUAUAUAUUUUUAUGCGUAUAAUACAUUUUGUAAUUGUUAGAAAGAUAAAAUAAAUAAAUAAGUU